AUGCAUGUCGCUGACACACCCUCGGUCGCGUCUCGGAUCGAGCUUGCGUUUCAAUCUGCGAGUAAUUCAACAGGAACGUCGUUCGACUACCUGGUGAAGACCGCUGCACGCGAGUCGUCGUUCAACCCGUCUGCGAAGGCAAAGACGUCGAGCGCAACCGGUUUGUUCCAGUUCAUCGAGUCGACCUGGCUGGAGACGAUGAAAGAGGCUGGUCCCAGGCACGGCCUGGAAAAAUACUCCGACCAAAUUCAACGUUCCAAGAAUGGCAAAUAUUUCGUCAAGGAUCCGCAGGCUCGACUAGAGAUACUCGACCUGCGCAAGGAUCCGGGGAUCUCGUCCAUGAUGGCCGGUGCCCUCACACAGAAAAAUGCCAACUAUCUGGAGCAGAAGAUCGGCAGGGAACCAACCGAUGGUGAGCUUUACAUGGCCCAUUUUCUUGGCGCCAACGGGGCCAGCCGAUUGAUUGAUGCGACCAAUGCCAGUCCGGAUAUGCGUGCAGACAAGAUGUUUUCUGCGCAAGCCCGGGCCAACAAGCCAAUCUUCUUUCACGGCAACGGCAAAGCCCGUUCAAUGCAGGAAGUUUAUGAGGUCAUCGUAUCGAAACAUGACGCCGUGACCAUGAUUGCCGAAGCGAGCGGCAAGACGAACCUGCGGACGUCAGGCGCGCUGACAAACGUGGCCGCUCUUCCGACUGCAAAGCCGGUAAACGCGAUGCCCGGGAUUGAUAAUCAGAAUUUUGAUCAUCUGGCCGGUGAUCCAGCCGCAGCAUUCGCGAUGCGCGCGAAGCCUCCGGCACCGGGACAGGUGACUGCUGCUGCAGAACUCGCGACGGGAAAUCCGGUCAAUCUGGCCGAAUCAUCAGUUCCAUUACCACAGGGCAGUGCACGCCAAUCGCAAAUGGCGGGCAGUGCAAACUCCGAAACACUUGCCAGUUCCGCUGAAAAACCGGCGCCACAAGAUCCACGCCAGGCCUCAAUCAACGGAGGCGAUGAAAGCGCGCCAACCUCGCGCGUGCUGUCCGCUUUCCAGGCCGCAGAAACGGCCAAUCCGUUUGAAGCCCUGUUCAGAAACGAUCAGGGAUCUUCCCAGGCAGGCGUGAAUCCCCGCUUUGCGUCCGCAUUUGCGGCUGUUGAAGAAGCGGCGAUGUUCAGCGCCCUGUCCGGGGCUUCCAACCAGGUCGCAGCACAGGAACUGGCGCUCGCAGACCAGGGAGGUCCGCUGGAUCUGACCAGAUUUCUCAGACUGAAAGCAGAAGAGGAGCAAAAGGAUUUAUUGCCACCUGCCUGA